CGCGCUCCGUUUCUCCGGCAUGUGCGUGAGCUUUCCCCCGCGUGCCGUGUGAGCACAGUUGGAGCGCGAGCGCUGUUCGCGGUGCUGAAAGCAUCCAGAGGCGCGAGGACAGCAGCGCGAGGCUCUGACCGGCAUGAGGAGGAGGACGCUGUCCGCGGCGGGCUGCCUGCUCGCGUGGAGGGUAGUGCUGCUGCUCAGUGACAGCGUGGCUCAGUGUAAGGAGCUGGACCAUGCUGCGAGGACACGCCAGGUCCCGAUGUCUCCCUCUGACUUCCUGGACAAACUGAUGGGGAGGACUUCUGGCUACGACGCCCGGAUCAGACCGAACUUCAAAGGUCCUCCCGUCAACGUUUCCUGUAACAUUUUCAUCAACAGCUUUGGCUCCAUUGCUGAGACGACCAUGGACUACCGAGUGAACAUCUUCCUCCGUCAGCAGUGGAAUGAUCCCAGGCUGGCGUAUUCCGAAUACCCCGAUGACUCUCUGGACCUGGAUCCCUCUAUGUUAGACUCCAUAUGGAAACCAGAUCUGUUCUUCGCCAACGAGAAGGGAGCCCACUUCCACGAAGUCACCACAGACAACAAACUGCUCAGGAUAUUUAAGAAUGGCAACGUGUUGUACUCUAUAAGGCUAACGUUAACUCUGUCGUGUCCCAUGGAUCUAAAAAACUUCCCGAUGGAUGUUCAGACGUGCAUCAUGCAGCUGGAGAGCUUCGGUUACACCAUGAACGACCUGAUCUUUGAGUGGCAGGAGAACGGACCUGUUCAAGUGGCCGAGGGCCUCACGCUCCCACAGUUCAUCCUCAAAGAUGAAUCAGACCUCCGAUACUGCACCAAGCACUACAACACAGGAAAAUUCACCUGCAUCGAGGUGCGCUUCCACCUGGAGCGUCAGAUGGGCUACUACCUGAUCCAGAUGUACAUCCCCUCCCUGCUCAUCGUCAUCCUGUCCUGGGUCUCCUUCUGGAUCAACAUGGACGCCGCACCGGCCCGCGUGGCCCUGGGCAUCACCACCGUCCUCACCAUGACGACGCAGAGCUCAGGCUCCAGGACCUCACUGCCUAAGGUCUCUUAUGUGAAGGCCAUCGAUAUCUGGAUGGCCGUGUGUCUCCUCUUCGUCUUCUCUGCGCUGCUGGAGUACGCCGCCGUUAACUUUGUGUCGAGGCAACACAAAGAGCUGCUGCGCUUCAGACGGCACAACAAGAAUAAGAGCAAGGAAGGGGGGGCACAUGAGAGCAGGCUGACCUCUGCUGCCGCCGUGACCUCCACCCCGAGCAACAGCAAGGAGUCGAAGGCCAGCGCCAACAACGCCGUGAGUGCACUGAACACGCCGGGAGCCACGGCACAGAACGCUACCCAGAAUGCACCUGCAGCAGCCAGUGGGGGUAAAAGCACGGAGGAGAUGAGGAAGCUGUUCAUCGACCGAGCCAAAAAGAUUGACACUGUGUCGAGGGCCGGCUUCCCCCUGGCCUUCCUCUUCUUCAACAUAUUCUACUGGGUCCUGUACAAGAUACUGCGGCACGAAGACGUGCAUAAGCAGUAGAGACAAAGGACGAGAGGUUAUUCAGACACAGGCGCACGAACAUCUGCAUUUCCUUUUCCAUGAACCCCCGAGAGCCAAUCGGGAUGAUCUUUGUUAUGAAGGUGUAAGGAUGGAUAAACUGGAUCUCUGCCUGAAAACCACAGAAAACUUUUACAAAGGUUCAUGUAGUUAAAAUUAAUUUUCUGAUAGUC